AGUUGCUGUGCUCCCCCCCUCAGCAGUGACACUCUCUCUGCCAUGGCCUCCUGUAUCACUGCCCACAAGGGCUGGUUUGGUGAGAGGGGGGUUCACCAGGGGGUUGGGCUGGACAUCCUCUUCAGUGGCAGGGCCUUUGACACACCAGAUCUGUACUCCCCAAAUGACACUAAACAACCUCAGGAUGCCAAGUCACACUAUGCCUGUCCCAGGGCCCCCCAGAGGUCCCUGCAUGGCUGGGGCACAUACAGCCCCACUCCACAUAUAUCCAGCCCCAGCACUGAGAGAAGAGGGGGGGCAUCCUCUUCUGCCAGGCCUGUCUCCCUCAACCAGUGCCAGGGCUACCAUGCCCACACCCUGCCCCUGCCCCGCAGAGCCCUGGCUGUCUUCAGACCCAGCGUCUACAGCAGCACUCAGGGAUUUAAGACUACCACAGUGGACAAACCUCGCAUGCUCAGAGCCACUAUCAGAUCCCGCCCCUCGGACCCUAACCAGUCUGGCCGACAGCAGAGCCAGCACCAGAGCCAGGACCAGCACCAGAGUCAGCCUUUCCAGCACCAGCAGCAGCCCAGACCAAACCAGCAGCAGCACCAGCGAAGCCUAAGCCCCAAGCUUCUCUACCAACCAAGCCUUCGUCCCAAGCCGGUAUACCAGCCAAGCCUCAGUCCCACUCUUCCUGUCUAUAGGAGACUCACAACCUGGCAGCACAAGGACAACACCAACAUAGACAGCAACACCAUCAAGACUAACAACAGCUCUCACAGUAACAGCAUCAAGAGACAGGUGGACAUGACGUCCCACGUGUUUGGUCAGCCACGUGUCCUGGCCUCGCUGCGGGGACCUCCCUCUCCGCGACAGACCCGCAAGACAACAAAUCUAGAGGAGGAACUGAGGAGGCUCAUCAUAAUGGACAACACAUCAGAGGAAUCAGGGAGGGAUGCAUACUGCCGUCAUAGCCUCUCUACAGAGAUCAGUCUAGGCAGUGGUCCCAUGGACUACAGUCUGGCCUGUUCCCCAGUGUCUGACUGCUCAGAGUUGGCGGGGCUGGAGGACCUGUCUGCCUCUGAGCUGUCCCUGACAGAGGGCUGGGGCUCUGGGCACAUCCCCCUACCGGACCCUGCAGGGAGCCUGAAGUGGAGCAACCUGGUCAACACUGCCAAGGCCUAUGAGGCACAGAAGACAGUGGAGCUCAUUCCCCCCAGUAAGCCCAUGAAGCAUGGAUCAAAGGGUGGACCCACGGCUUGCCCACCCAAUUACUACCCUCCUCAGGACUACAAUUUCCAGCCUGUAAUAAGAAGUGAAGUGCCCAGUGAUCUGUCUGAUAGACUUCACCACCUGGAGGUGCUGCUGAGACACUUGGAGAGCAACCUGGAAAAGGAGAAGCAGGACAGGAUAGCCCUGAUGGGGGAAGUGACGAUUCUGAGGGAGACCAACCAGCGCCUGUGGGAGGAGUCUAUUUCAUCCAAUGAAAAGCUCUGUAAACUCAGCCUGUUGUUCAACGUGGCCCCAGGAAUGGUGCCUAGAGAGAGAGAAUGACCAACAACACUAAGAGGAGAGAGGGAUAACUUGAACAGAGGGGUGGAGGACUGUCUGCAAAAUGUCAUCAGAGAAUGAGGAUAUAUAAACUCAGCAAAAAAAUACAUGUCCUCUCACUGUCAACUGUGUUUAUUUUCAGCAAAAUUAACAUGUGUAAAUAUUUGUAUGAACAUAACAAGAUUCAACAACUGAGACAUAAACUGAACAAGUUCCACAGACAUGUGACUAACAGAAUGGAAUAAUGUGUCCUUGAACAAAGCGGAAAUCACACAUUGUCAUGCUGGAGGGUCAUGUCAGGAUGAGCCUGCAGGAAGGGUACCACAUGAGGGAGGAGGAUGUCUUCCCUGUAACGCACAAUAUUGAGAUUGCCUGCAAUGACAAAAAUCUCUGUCCGAUGACGCUGUGACACACCGCCCCAGACCAUGACGGACCCUCCACCUCCAAAUCGAUCCCACUCCAGAGUACAGGCCUCGGUGUAACGCUCAUUCCUUCGACGAUAAAUGCGAAUCCGACCAUCAACCCUGGUGAGACAAACUGCGACUCGUCAGUGAAGAGCACUUUUUGCCAGUCCUGUCUGGUCCAGCGACGGUGGGUUUGUGCCCAUAGGCGAAGUUGUUGCUGGUGAUGUCUGGUGAGGACCUGCCUUACAACAGGCCUACAAGCCCUCAGUCCAGCCUCUCUCAGCCUAUUACGGACAGUCUCGCACUGAUGGAGGGAUUGUGCGUUCAUGGUGUAACUCAGGCAGUUGUUGUUGCCAUCCUGUACCUGUCCCACAGGUGUGAUGUUCGGAUGUAUCGAUCCUGUGCAGGUGUUUUUACACGUGGUCUGCCACUGCGAGGAUGAUCAGCUGUCCGUCCUGUCUCCAAGUAGCGCUGUCUUAGGCGUCUCACAGUAUGGACAUUGCAAUUUAUUGCCCUGGCCACAUCUGCAGUCCUCAUGCCUCCUUGCAGCAUGCCUAAGGCAUGUUCACGCAGAUGAGCAGGGACCCUGGGCAUCUUUCUUUUGGUGUUUUUCAGAGUCAGUAGAAAGGCCUCUGUAGUGUCCUAAGUUUGUCCUAACUGUGACCUUAAUUGGCUAAUGUCUGUAAUCUGUUAGUUUCUUAACGACCGUUCCACAGGUGCAUGUUCAUUAAUUGUUUAUGGUUCAUUGAACAAGCAUGGGAAACAGUGUUUAAACGCUCUACAAUGAAGAUCUGUGAAGUUAUUUGGAUUUUUAUUAAUUAUCUUUGAAAGACAGGGUCCUGAAAAAGGGAGGUUUCUUUUUUUGCUGAGUUUAUAUACAAAUAUAUACUGUAUAUACAGUACCAGUCAAAAGUUUGGACACACUUACUCAUUCCAGGGUUUUUCUUUAUUUGAACUAUUUUCUACAUCGUAAAGACAUCAGAACUAUAAAUAACACACAUGGAAUCAUGUAGUAACCAAAAAAGUGUUAAACUAAUCAAAAUAUAUUUUAUACUUGAGAAUCUUCAAAGUUGCCACCCUUUGCCUUGAUGACAGCUUUGCACACUCUUGGCAUUCUCUCAACCAGCUUCACCUGGUGACUACCAAAUUGAAUUACUAGCACUGUGAAUAUACUUUAACCUGAGAUGCCCAAAGUCAAGUAAUAAUAACUUUUAAAGGACUACUAAGUAUACUUAGUUUGAGGGCCAGUGGCCUUGACUUUAGAUUAUGAAAAACUGAGUUACACAAUGUGAUUUUUUCAAAUAAUUAAUUUUUAAUAAUCUAAAAUACUAUAUUGUGUGGUAUUUAAAAUAAAUGUUAACUCGUCUCAAAUAACUCAAAUGAGUGGAUUCGGCUAUUUCGGCCACACCCAUUGCUGACAGGUGUAUAAAAUCGAGAACACAGCCAUGCAAUCUCCAUAGACAAACAUUGGCAGUAGAAUGGCCCCUACUGAAGAUCUCAGUGACUUUCAACGUGGCACCGUCAUAGGAUGCCACCUUUCCACAAAGUCCGUUUGUAAAAUUUCUGCCCUGCUAGAGUUGCCCUGGUCAACUGUAAGUGCUGUUUUUGUGAAGCUGAAUUGUCUUGGCACAACAACGGCUCAGCUGCGAAGUAGUAGGCCACACAAACUCACAGAAUGGGACCGCUGAGUGCUGUUGCGCGUAACAAUUGUCUGUCCUCGGGUGGUUUGUCGAGAUCAGUGUGGAAGAACUUGACUGGCCUGUGCAGAGCCCUGCCCUCAACCCCAUCGAACACCUUUGGGAUGAAUUGGAACACUGACUGCAAGCCAGGCCUAAUCGCCCAACGUGCCUGACCUCACUAAUGCUCUAGUGGCUGAAUGGAAGCAAGUCCCUGCAGUAAUAUUCCAACAUCUAGAGGAAAGCCUUCCCAGAAGACUGGAGGCGGUUAUAGCAGCAAAUGGGGACCAACUCCAUAUUAAUUCCCAUGAUUUUGGAAUAAGAUAUUUGACGCACAGGUGUCCACAGACGUUUGAUCAUAUGGUGUAUUCACAUCAGCAAAGAAAAACAUUCAAAUGCUUAAUGAAUUGGCCAUGAUGAAUUGAAUUGGCUCCUAAUUACUUAAACUAUAUUGUCGGCUGUUUGCAGGUGGGGGACUGCAAAGUGAUACUAGAAUAGCUAACAUGUUAUUUUCAUUAAUUCUAGUAGAAAUGUAUGUCUUGGUAAUAUUAAAUUUAAGGAAGAAAUCCUGCAUGUUGAUUGUAAAUUCCUAUAUAAAGACACGUUCCUUUAGAGAAUAAACCUAUUAAGCAGGGCUUGAUGGAUUUAAUGCAAUGAUCUUUAAAAUAACUCUGCAGGUCCCUUUCCCUAUCUCCCUAGCUUCUGAAAGAAUCACUAAGAAAAUGCUCUUGGCCCAAAUCAAAGUCAAAUUACUAGAAUAGCGAACAUUACCACAUACUUUAGGCCAUGUAGAGUAUAAACAUAUUUUGACACCAUGCAUAGAAACACUUCAGCAAACUUCAAUUCUCAAUUUGAAUAACUAAAUACAACAUUAAGACUUCAGUUCUUACCUGCCUGGUAAAAAAUGAGUGAUUCUUACAAUGUGUAAUAUAGAAACACAGACAUUACACAUAUAUUCAUAAAUUCAAUGUGUAUAAAUAGGUAAUAAAUACAUCUGUCAAUCCAUGGUGCAAGUGAUUGUUUUGUGUUACAUACUGUGUAGUCUGGAAUUUAUUUGGUCGUUUGCAUUAUGAUCAUAAAUACAGUGAUGAAAUAAAUGUCAGAAUGUGUCACGUUCUGACCUUAGUUCUUU